CAGGUGUCCUCCCAGGUAAAAGUCACUAGACACCCCGUGCUCCUAACCACUGGCUCUUCUUUCCUCUCCUCUGACUAGGGGUGGCUGCCAUGCUGGGGCAAAACCACACCUGCAUGUAUGAAUUCAUCCUUGUCGGCUUCUCCACCUUCCCCCACCUGCAGCUGAUGCUCUUCCUGCUGCUCCUGCUGAUGUACCUGUUCACACUGCUGGGCAACCUACUCAUCAUGGCCACCAUCUGGAGCGAGCAUGGCCUCCACACGCCCAUGUACCUCCUCCUGUGUGCCCUCUCUGUCUCUGAGAUACUCUACACCGUAGCCAUAAUCCCGCGCAUGCUGGCUGACCUGCUGUCCACCAGGCACUCCAUCGCCUUCCUGGCCUGUGCCAGCCAGAUGUUCUUCUCCUUCACCUUCGGCUUCACACACUCCUUCCUGCUCACUGUCAUGGGCUAUGACCGCUAUGUGGCCAUCUGCCACCCGCUGCGCUACAACGUGCUCAUGAGUCCACAGGUCUGUACCUGCCUGCUGGGCUGCUCCUGGGCUGGUGGCUCUGUCAUAGGGAUGGUGGUGACCACGGUCAUUUUCCACCUCUCCUUCUGUGGACCCAAUGAGAUCCACCAUUUCUUCUGCCACGUGCCGCCUCUGCUGAAGUUGGCCUGUGGCGAUGAUGUGCUGGUGGUGUCCCUGGGCGUGGGCUUGGUGUGUAUCAUGGCCCUGCUGGGCUGUUUGCUCCUCAUUCUCCUCUCCUAUGCCUUCAUCGUGGCUGCCAUCUUGAAGAUCCCUUCUGCUGAAGGUCGGAACAAGGCCUUCUCCACCUGUGCGUCUCACCUCACGGUGGUGGUCGUGCACUAUGGCUUUGCCUCUGUCAUUUACCUGAAGCCCAAAGGUCCCCAGUCUCCAGAAGGAGACACCUUGAUGGGCAUCACCUACACGGUCCUCACGCCCUUCCUCAGCCCCAUCAUCUUCAGCCUCAGGAACAAGGAACUGAAGGUUGCCAUAAAGAAGACCUUCUUCACCAAACUCUUUCCACAGAACUGCUGAAAUGGCUGGCUUUCUCUCAAGAGAUGUAGUGAAUGGGAACACUUCAGUCUUCUUCCUCUGUUUCUCUUCCCUCCUUCCCUUUCUUUUCUUUUUCUUUCCUUCUUCCUUUCUUUCUCUCUCUCUCUUUUCUUGUUUUGGAGAUGAAAUCUCACUUUGUCACCCAGGUUGGAGUGCAGUGGUGCAAUCUUGGCUCACUGCAACCUCCACCGCCCAGGUUCAAGCAAUUCUCCUGCCUCAGACUCCCAAGUAGCUGGGACUGCAGGUGCACACCACCACACCAGGCUCAUUUUCAUAUUUUUAGUAGACAUGGAGUUUUGCCAUGUUGGCCAAGCUGGUCUCAAACUCCUGACUUCAAGCUAUCCUCCCACUUUGGCCUCCCAAAGUGCUGGGAUUAUAGGUGUGAGCCAUGGUUCCAGGCCCCCAUAAUAUAUAUGUAUUCAUCUACCGACUUACCUAUCUAUCCAUUACCUAUGUAUCAUCUAUCUAUAUAGAGCUUAUUGAUUCUGUUUCUAUGAAGAGCCCUGACUAAUACAAUCCAUGUCCUGGUCACA